AUGUCGUUAAAAACCAUGAGUAGUCUCCAAACCGAUGGAGCAAAUAAAAAGUAUGCAAAAGCAACCAAAAAGAUAAAUUUUUUAGCGAAAUUUGCCAAAUAUUUGGUGAAUAAUCAAAUAGAUUUUCCUAUACGAAUUAUAGCGCUCCUUUCAUUAAUGUAUUUACUUAAAUUUCCCGGAGCAGACAAGUUCUUUCUCCUUCAACAUGAAGAUCCAAAAACGGGACUUUAUAAGAAGGGAAGAGAUGACGUGUAUUUUGUUUUCACGUGGGUUGUUCUUUUUACUUCCUUACGUGCAGCUACAAUGAAAUAUUUAUUGACACCCAUAGCAAAACUUUGUGGAAUAAAGAAAAAUACUCAACGAAUAAGGUUUGCUGAACAAGGAUGGUCAUUUUUAUAUUAUUCCAUUUUCUGGACACUUGGUAUGUAUGUAAUGUCCAAAUCACCUUAUUGGUUUGAUACCACAUAUUUUUGGAAAGGUUAUCCACAUAUUGAAAUGUCGGGCCUUUUCAAGUGGUAUUAUCUGGUGCAAUUAGCUUUUUGGAUUCAACAAGUUUUCGUCAUUAAUAUUGAAAAGAGACGAAAAGAUUUUGUCGAAAUGGUGGCCCAUCAUGCGAUUACCAUCUCAUUGAUUUAUUUUUCUUAUUUAAUGAACUUUACUCGAAUUGGAAAUGCUGUUUUAUGUACUAUGGAUUUUGUGGACCUUAUAUUACCAGCAUUAAUUUAUUUUUGGUUUUAUUUGAUUUGUCGUGUCGCGUAUCGAGUAAUCAAGGGGGAUAAUGCACAUGAUAAUCGAAGUGAUUCUGAAUGGGAAGAAACCGAAGCAAAUACUAAUUUUGCAAAAGAGAUAAAGAACGAAUAA